CUGGCCUUGGACUACCGCUUUCCACCGCUUCAGACAGCGUCGAGGAGCGUUUCUUUCUCAAGCCGGAGAAUAGUCUAUGGUAGACGGCCAAUUUCCAAGAUUGAACCUGUCUAACAUGUCAUUGCGCAAAUAAUCCCGCUGUCUUGAGUUACUGUCCUAGAUCCGCGCUUUCUAGACCGCAUCCAACUAGACCCUGCAUAUAAACAUUAAACCCCACCAAGCCCCUUGACUUUCACCGCUACCCUCAGUGUUUUGCUUCUUUCCUUCCACUCCUUCUCUUAUAGCAAACGUCAAAAUGUCCGACAUCCACCGUGCCAGCACCACCGCCCCCGUCAACAUCGCCGUAAUCAAAUACUGGGGAAAGCGCGACCCCAAGCUCAACCUCCCGACCAACUCCUCCCUCAGCGUCACCCUCGCGCAGUCCGACCUCCGCACCCACACCACCGCGUCGUGCUCGUCCACCUACCCGAAAGAGGAUACGCUUCUCCUGAACGGCCAAUCGCAGGAUGUUUCUGGUGCUAGGACACAAGCUUGCUUCAGGGAGCUGAGGGCACUGAGGAAGCAGCUCGAGGAGAAGGAUUCUAGCCUUCCAAAACUCGCCGACCUCCCUCUGCGCAUCGUUUCCGAGAACAACUUCCCCACUGCUGCUGGACUGGCUAGUUCAGCCGCUGGUUUCGCUGCUCUUGUCCGCGCAAUUGCAAACCUCUACGAGCUUCCCUCUUCGCCAACCGACCUCUCCCGUAUCGCGAGGCAGGGCUCUGGCUCCGCAUGCCGCUCGCUUUUCGGCGGAUAUGUAGGCUGGGAACAAGGCUCCGCUUCGGAUGGCAGUGACAGUGUUGCGUUCCAGGUUGCGCCUGCAAGCCACUGGCCCAACAUGCGCGCUGUUAUCCUGGUUGUUAGCGCAGCCAAGAAGGGUGUGUCAAGUACCUCUGGUAUGCAGAUCACUGUUGCUACAUCUAGCCUGUUCCAGUCGAGAGCUACAGAGACUGUGCCGAAGCGUAUGAAGGAGAUGCAGAAGGCUAUCCAGGACAAGGACUUUGAGGCCUUUGGCAAGCUUACCAUGAUGGACAGCAACUCUUUCCACGCUACUUGCCUCGAUACCUUCCCUCCGAUCUUCUACUUGAACGAUGUUUCCCGAGCGGCUAUCAAGGUUGUUGAGAGCAUCAAUGCUGCGGCUGGAAAGAUCAUCGCUGCGUACACUUUCGAUGCGGGCCCAAACGCUGUUGUGUACUACCUUGAGGAGAAUGAGAAGGAGGUUGCUGGUCUGUUUAAGCAGAUCCUGAACGAGAAGGACGGAUGGCAAGGCGAGAGGGGUCAAGCAAUCCAGGCCAACGCCGACGCGCUUGAGAAGGUCAAGUUUGACGCCGGCCCGGCUAUCACAUUUUUGGAGGAGGGUGUUAGCAGGGUCAUCUUGACAGGCGUGGGCGAAGGUCCAGUUAAGACUGAUGAGAGUUUGAUUGAUGAGAAGGGCGAACCCAUCAACAGCGCAUAAAGCGGAUGGCUAGCUAAAUUACAGAGUGUUAUGUAGAUACCCGUACAGAAUGUGGAACGUUAUCCGACCUGGAGCUACGAAGCAGAAGUCGCUGGACGUGAGGAAAAGAACAUGCUCUGUAGGCGUGUCUCGCUCCUGAUAGGCCGCAUCAACGCGAGGUUUCCGUCACCCAAGCUUGACUUGUGGGAACAGGAGCUCUUUUCCGCAUCAGUCGC